AGAGCUGACGUCACCACGCAACGUGAACAGGAAACACGAUGUAAACAAAGAAACAGCGUCACGUUGGUUAUCUCUGUUUUCUUUGGUCCGUUUGUGUUCCAGUGACUCCUCAUCAUUAUAUUAUAUUAAUAUUAAUAUUUAGUUUAUUGUUCAUCAGCAGUUUUAUCUCGCAGCUAACGCGAGCUAAGCUACCAGCACGUUAGCAUUCAGCAACAUGGAUGAUAACAAGAUGGUGGCUGGUAAAGUGAAGAAACCGGGGAAACGCGGCCGUAAACCAGCAAAAAUCGACCUGAAGGCCAAACUGGAGCGAAGCCGUCAGAGCGCCAGAGAGUGUCGAGCCAGGAAGAAGCUCCGGUACCAGUACCUGGAGGAACUGGUCUCCAGUAAGGAGAGGGCCAUCUGUGCUCUGAGGGAGGAGCUAGAGAUGUAUAAACAGUGGUGCUCAGCCAUGGAUCAGGGGAAGAUCCCCUCAGAGAUCAAAGCUCUGCUGACCGGAGACGAACAGAAAACUCCUCAAGGAGGCAGCAGCACCAAGACCAGGACCAGCAAGACCAGCAUCAGCAGUAACGGGCAGAGCUGAACCAGUCUGACGGACAGGAAGACUACAUGACAGGAAAUAACAUAAUAAUACACAACACAACAGGACCCAUUAACCCUCUCAGCUCUCCUCGCAAGUGAAACACGUGAAACUUCUUUAUAAAAAGUCUUCACACUGUCAUGUGAUUUAUUAUAAAUACAUUAAUACUUCUUUUCAUCCAUAAAUCAGGUUCUUCAGACCUGAGAGAAACUGACAGGAAUUAUUUUAGAACAUUGUGAACUGUUCAGAUGAUAAAGUUCAUGAAUCCAUGAAUGUUAACCCAACAGAGUUAUCAUUGUUAUCAAUAACGUAUUUAAAUACAGCGAGACGAAGCUCAUUGGCUGUUGG